GUAGGAUUAGCCGCCCCUCGCCAAUGAUAAUAACAACGAGGUUCCACUGGAGAUUACCUGCGAAGCCGCGCCACUGCGUUGUACAUGCAGUCCUGAGCGCGGCAGAAAUUUUAGCUGUAUGCAAGGAGUGUAUCCAUGGAAAAGAGGACUAUGCCUGAUAGCAACUCCGAUCGUGCCUCCAAGAGGCGAAAGGGAGGCGAGAAAUGGCGGAAAUCGCUUGGUGGAAGAGCGGGAAUCGAGGCAGGCGAUUCGGGUAUUUUCGUGACCUGCGAUAUGGGCAAAGAGGGCAAAUGCAUCGCGGAAGCAUUGGAUCUCUUCUCCCAGUGUGUCGGUGCAGAUGAUGAGGAUGAGCAUGAGAAUGACCAAGAGUCAGACGCUGCUGAAGAUGAUAUCGAGGCGCAGAUUAAGAAAGAAGUUGAAGGUUUAAAGCCGAAUGCCGCGAGACCUCAGCGCUUUCGAGCUAUUAGAAUGGAAAUUCCAUGCGUGACAUUUAUACGACUGGAUAAAUCUAUAGAUCCAAUAAAGCUGGUUCAUGACCUGUGUGUUGAAGCACAUGCCAACCCUGAGAGGAAACGAAGUCGAUGGGUCAAGCGAAUGACUCCUAUCAGCUCGAUCCGGAAGACGCUCAGUGUUGAUUUUGAAGCCUUUGCAAGGGAGAUUCUCCAGCCUCACUUCCACUCUGGUGGACCGCCAAAGAAGUACGCUAUUAGGCCCACUGUUAGAAACAAUAAUAAAUUCAACAGGGACAUUGUCAUCAACACCGUGGCGAGCGCUGUUGGUCCUGAGCACAAGGUCGACCUGAAAAACUAUGACCUGAUCAUCCUGGUCGAUGUGGUUCAGAACGUCAUCGGCAUGAGCGUUGUAGGCAGCGACUAUGAUAAACUGAAACGGUUUAACUUGGCUGAACUAUACGAUCCUACUCCGAAGCCUCCAGCGACGAAAAGUUCGGAUUCCAAAGCAUAAUGGCCAAUACCCAAAUGUACAUCGGGCCAAAAUGAAUUCGUUCUGCAUUACGGGGAAUACGUCAGGUCAAUGUGUCUGCCAUAUUAACAAGGCUACGGUUAAUGUCUGAUGAAUUGUCGAUUCGUUUCCCGAGCCGAAGCCUUGCAAAUAUCAAUACGACGCGCGUUAUCCGCAAUGACAGUGAUUGAUGAUCAUAUCGUCCUUAGCAAUAUAGUGUCAGGAGACGGAUGCAUGCUGUUAUUGUAGCCAUUAAUUGGCUGUCACAGAACCUGCGCUGUAACUCUGCAGCUUGUCAUCUUGGCUAGGCAACAGUAUACACAGAUAGAGCUAUAUGAAUAUAAGGCCGAUGCUUUUC